AGCUUGGUGUUUUGGAUUUUUUGGACGCUUUCCUUCCGUUGCUUUUUGAAAGACCUUCAUCUGAGCUGUCAAAGUGGUAUGUUUUGGUUUGGGCUGGAUUUGUUUCGAACGAGUUUGGUUUUGGUGCUUUAAAAUGGGAAAAGGUAAAAAACGGCGUGUUAACGACGAGAUAAAGGUCGAUGAUGCCGCUUCCGAUAGCGGAAAGACGAAACCAUCGACGGCAGAGUGCAUGUACCAGCAGUUGACUGACGAUGAUCCGAAGGACCUCCAAGCAGACGGCGUUGAAGAGGAUGCCAGUGACGAUGCGACCAAAGCUCUUCCUAUCCACAUGGAGUUGCGUGUGAUAGAUGCGCUCAAUAAGUUCUCGAUGGAGGAACGACGCCAUUCCUCACAGUCAAGGUGUGAGUGGAAUGGAUGUACAUUUCGCAGCCGAAACGAUCCCGAAUAUAUCUCGCACGUAGAGGGUCACGCUAACACAGAGGAGAGAAACCAGUACGGCAAUUUCGUCUGCACGUGGGACGGUUGCGAUUAUCUUACACCAAAGAGCGAACAGUUUCUCUCACAUCUCCAUUUCCACGGUUACCACGGGCAACUGAAGGCGCACGGAAGAAGCGUGCACAAGCUAAUUGAUAUUCCUGUGUGCAAGAGCGAUACGGACAAGCGGAACAUGAUUUCCGAUCAGCCAACUAGCUUCCAGUGUGAAUGGGACGGUUGCGAGAGCAGGUUCAUCAGAAUAUUGGACUUUUUCACGCACGUCGUGAAUCAUGCGAAUGAAGAGUACAAGAGGAACCGUGAAGAUAAUUCUGCCAGGUGUCGUUGGAAAAACUGUAAUUACAAGCUCCUUCUUAAAACAUGUAGAUAUCGCAAUCACGUAGCGAGCCAUACCAAGCAAAAGGAUAUUGCUUGCAACGUGUGUGGCACUAUGGUAAUUAAUCCAAGAAGGUAUCUGCUUCACGUCUGCCGACUAAUGGACCUUUCGCUUCGCAGACAUCAGUGCCUACAGUGUGGCAGAUACUAUGCAACCAAAACGAUGCUCGACAUGCAUCUUUACUUAGUACAUCGCCCUGCAAAGUUGCUUUGCACCCACUGCCCGGCUAAGUUUCGGUGGCCAUUCCAACGGGCACAGCACAUCGCGCGACGUCAUAAAAAGGAUUUACCUUUCAUCUGCGACCAGUGCGAAUAUAGAGGGCGAACUGAGCGUGAUGUUACACUCCAUGCACAGCGCCAUAAGGAGGUAUUUCGAUGCACGGAAGUUGAGUGUAACAAGGCCUUCAAUUCAAAGAGUUCGCUAAGGGAGCAUCUUUUACAACACUACGACAUCCGACCGAAGGUGUUUGAAUGCCAUCUAUGCCAACAGCAGUACCGAUUUGGGGCGCAUUUGUCCAAACAUAUGUUCUUCAGCCAUAAAGGGAAGCGCGAUACGAAUGCUAUCCCGCUGCGCUUCAAACGCGAUACCGAUGGAAUAUUUCGACUGCGCUCGUACGUCGACAGCAAAACCGACCGCUUGACCUGAGUGCG